AUAAUACCCAAUGCGUCCUGGAGACCAGGGCGUGCAUUUUGAGUAAAUUAGACGCAAAGGAAGUUUUUGGAACCGGGGAGAUUUGCUGGCUGCAGACAUGAACGAAGACAACCAAGUGCCCGAGGACCUGUCUUUGGAGGAGAGGGAUGAGCUGUCGAACAUCCGACGCAGGAAAAAAGAGCUUCUGGAUGAUAUCGAGAGGCUGAAGUUUGAGAUUGCAGAAGUUAUGACGGAGAUUGAACAGCUGACGUCCGUGGGGGAAAGCAAAACAUCACAAAGAAACAAACAGAUCGCCAUGGGAAGGAAGAAAUUCAACAUGGAUCCCAAAAAGGGGAUACAGUUUCUUUUGGAGAACGAUCUUCUCCAGAACACCCCCGAGGACAUCGCACAGUUCCUCUACAAAGGCGAAGGGCUCAACAAAACGGUCAUCGGGGACUACUUAGGGGAACGAGAUGAAUUUAACAUCAAGGUCCUCCAGGCAUUUGUGGAGCUUCAUGAAUUUGCAGACCUCAAUCUUGUUCAAGCCUUAAGGCAGUUUCUGUGGAGCUUCAGACUUCCUGGUGAAGCCCAGAAGAUUGAUCGCAUGAUGGAGGCGUUUGCCUCCAGGUACUGCCAGUGCAACCCUGGCGUCUUUCAGUCCACAGACACUUGCUACGUCUUGUCAUUUGCCAUUAUUAUGCUGAACACCAGCCUUCACAACCCCAACGUCAGAGACAAGCCCCCAGUGGAGCGCUUCAUUUCCAUGAACAGAGGGAUCAAUGAGGGGGGGGACCUCCCAGAGGAACUACUCAGGAAUCUAUACGAUAGCAUUAAAAGUGAACCCUUUAAGAUCCCGGAGGACGAUGGGAACGACCUGACGCACACGUUCUUCAACCCGGACAGGGAAGGAUGGCUGCUCAAAUUAGGGGGCCGAGUGAAAACCUGGAAGAGAAGGUGGUUCAUCCUCACAGACAACUGCCUGUAUUACUUCGAAUACACUACGGACAAGGAGCCUCGUGGGAUCAUCCCACUGGAGAAUCUCAGCAUCAGGGAGGUGGAGGAGCCCAGGAAGCCUAACUGUUUCGAGUUGUACAAUCCUAAUCACAAAGGCCAGGUGAUCAAAGCCUGCAAGACAGAGGCGGAUGGGCGUGUUGUUGAGGGCAACCAUGUUGUUUACAGGAUAUCAGCACCCACGCCUGAAGAGAAGGAGGAGUGGAUUAAAUCUAUCAAGGCCAGCAUCAGCAGGGACCCCUUCUACGACAUGUUGGCCACCAGGAAGAGGCGCAUCGCCAACAAGAAGUGAAGAGGGACAAUCAUGCUGAAGCUCCAAACACCUUCAUCUUGCUCUCUUCCAGUUCACAUAAACAGAACACAGAAGAAACAACUGUCCUUACCUGUAGGAGACGUCACACGCUACUGAGGGGACAGCAGAGCUUCAGGAAAUCCAAAAACAUGGACUUGGUUCUUAAAAGGGGCAGCAAAAGCCAGCCUAUUUGUGUUUUCAUCUCAAUUCCCCCACCAUACA